AAUUGCUCGCAGGCUCAUCUGCGUUGCUUCCUUGCCCUUCACUUCCAUCCGUCGCAAUCAGAACCUUCCACAAAUACGUCGUCCCCGCGUGCGUCGUGGAACAACGCAGAUUGAUCUGAGCUCACACGAAGCUGCGAAGGAGACCGCAUUCGAUCUCAUUCCGUCUGUAGAAGAAUCUCAAUUUCAAGUUGUCACCAAUACUAGUUUCUGUGUUGAGAGACAUCACUUAGUGGUCUAUGAUGUCUGAUUCACUGCAACAUUUUGAUGGAACUCAACCUGACAUGAAAGAGUGGGUUCUUGAGCCGGAGACAGAGUAUAGGUUCGAGCUCGAUCCUGGUACCUCACUAGCAAUCAAGCUGGCUCGUGGACAGGCCGAAGUCUUCGGCGCAGAACUCGCAGAGGGAAAAACAUAUCUUUUUGGGACCGAAUGCAGGGCCGCAGUCUUCACCUGGCAGGGUUGUACUUUGGAGAUUACAGGCCACCCCUCCACCGAAUAUGUAUCUGAGGAAACCCCUAUGGCGCCAUAUGCAAAUGUACACAUUGCGUUCGAACAAAUGCGUGUCAGAGCACUCCGUGUUUUGCAUGGGUCUCCUGCUUCAGAUGAUGAUGCGAAUGCAAACGCAGAGCCACCAAGAGUCCUUGUUCUUGGUCCCGAGAACUCAGGAAAGACAUCAGUAUGCAAAAUUCUGACAAAUUAUGCUGUUAGGGCAGGGCAGAACUGGUCCCCGGUAUUGGUAAAUGUCGAUCCGAGUGAGGGUGGUUGGGCAGUUCCUGGAGCAAUUUCGGCCGCUCCAAUUCGCAGCCCUAUAGCUACAGCGUCACCCGCUAAUCCUCUUGGCUCUGCUGCUACAUCAGCUCCUACCGCGCUCUCCUCGAACGCCUUGAUACCGCUAAGCUAUUGGUACGGACAUGCAGAAACUAAACGGAAUCCAGUUCUGCUAGACCGACUUAUCCGAAAUCUGGGAGAAAAUAUCAGAGAACGAGAUGACGAUGAUCCGGAGGCGCGCGUAUCGGGUUUAAUUGUCGACACACCGUCAUCUUUCGCAUCUAGUUCUGGCAUCGCGCCAGACAGCAGGCAUACGCUCAUAAAAGCAUGUGUCGAUGCUUUCAGAAUCAAUAUAAUUCUCGUGGUCGGACACGAAAAGUUGACCGUCGAAAUGCAACGGCUAUUUAGCAACCGGCUUACAGUGGUCAAAAUACCAAAGUCAGGAGGAGUCGUUGAAUUGGACCACAGUUAUCGGGAACGCGUGCACAAGUACCAGUUGCAUACUUAUAUGUACGGCCAAAAAAUAGACCCACCCCCUGGCAUAACCUCCGCAAUGGUUGGAGGCGAAGCGGUCGCAGAUCUCGUCCUUUCGCCAUCCUCAUGCAUCAUCAAAUUUGGGGAUUUGUCAAUCUAUCGCAUCGGUGCCGAGAGCAUGGCUCCCUCUUCCGCAUUGCCUAUUGGUGCUGCGCGGAUGCUGUCGGAAAUGCAGCCCGUGCUCGUUGAUCCUGCAUCCAGCAGCUCGGGCCUUCUUAAUUCCAUCCUCGCCUUGCUUGCACCCUUCAACCCGGAUGAGUCCGAGCGCUACGACGAAGAAAUAUUGGACUUGAGUGUGGUUGGCUUCCUUGUUGUUACCAGCAUUGAUAUUCCCAACCGAAAGAUGACGAUACUCGCGCCCAACCAAGGAUCACUUGUCGGCAAGACAGCUCUUCUGGGGUCCUUUGAUUGGCAGGAAUAAAUGCGAACAAAAAAGACUGUAUGGGAUCAUUCUUUGAGGAUUCUUGUACACGGAGUCCUUGAGCAGACACAUGACUGAGGGACAGGGCACAGCCUUUCGCGUCAUUAUAACAUGGUUUCUUGCAAGAUAGAGAGCCGAAUCAUUAUUUCGACGACAUGCUUCGCAAGGUCUGCAGUUCCGAACAGUUCUGAUUUUCGGUUUGAAGCGGGAUGAUCGUGGUUUCACAAUGACCUAGUGAAAUAUGUUACUACGUGCCAAUCCUCUUCUAC